AUGACACUCUGCAGCACUGGGCUCCUGGACCGGGGAUGCUCGCAGUGGUGCGCUGAAAAGACGUCAACCACGGAGAACCACGAGAGUCUGCCCACUCUUCUGCGCUCGAUCUACAAAGGCAAGCCACGCCUGUGCGACAGUGAGGCAGCGGACAUCUCGACAGUCAGCUUCGACAGGUAUUUGCCCGACUUCGACAAGAAGCUCGGAGCAGGAGCUUACGGUCAAGUCUAUCCGGUUGUUGGCAUGCCGGACAAGGUGGUGAAGAUCUUCCGGCGGAAUGAUUGGACGGAGGUUGUCAAGGAGUCUUCCUUCGCCCGGUGCAUGAAGGCACGGGAUCCCAGCCACUACGUUGACUGCCUGGGCAUCGGCAGCACCAGAAGCACAGCUGAUUGCGCCGAUCAUUUCUUCGCUGUGUUUGAACGUGCGCCGGGAAUCACUCUGGGCGAUGCUGCGUAUCGGUUCCACCAUCCCUGCGGUAUUCUCCACAUCUGCCAGGCCCUGGACGUUUUGGACCAGCUUCUGUCUAUCAUCGCCGACAUGAUGAUGCCGGAUGCGACGGGUCUUCUGCAGAUUCAUCUCGACCUGAAGCCUCAGAAUAUCAUGGUGAGUACAUCUCCGGAUGGGCUUCUAAAGGUCGCUUUGAUCGACUAUGGCCUCGUCGAAGCUUGCGCAGCCGAGAGCUCUGAGGCGAAAGACGCGGCCUUGCAGCUGUUUCGGUGGGUCGGCUGGGAGUUCCUGUGGAUCUUGGCAUCGGAAGCCUUUUGUUUAAACGGCCGUGACGACCAGGGUCCCUGGGAGCAGCUUCCGGAAGGCUUCCGCCCCUUCUUCCGGCGUUCGGACUUUCGACCGCCAGCAUACCAAACAGAUCGGCUCAGCCCAGGUAUCCUCCAGGCUGCCCUGCAAGAGGACUUCUUUUCACAAGUGCUCUCGCCGCCCUUCCGAAAAUUGUGGGUGAAUCUCAAGCGGGCCAAGCAGGAGCUGGGUAGGAUCCUGGGGGAGCUCUUCUAUGGCGUGGCAUUGGCAAGUGACCGGCUGGACUUUGAGCCGGACUUUGAUGCCUACCGUGGGCAGAUACAGUCUCUACGGAGCCUUGUGGUCUCGGGGAACGCGGCAGCCACAUGA